AUGGUCGCAUUCAUCGCUGUUCUCCUCCUCUCAGUAAUGAAUGGCUACUCAGUUCCGCUUUCAAACAAGCUGCAGAUCGUAACAAUGGCGGGUAAGAUCCUUGUUUUGGGCAUGAUCGGUGGCGCUGGAAUCUACAAUAUCAUCAUUGGUCAGACAGGGAGUUUAUCAACUGGAUUCGAGGGCAGCUCAACCAACGUGGCCGACUACGCUGUGGCUUUCUACACUUGUAUGUGGUCGUAUGGCGGUUGGGAGCGCGUGUGCCAGUGUUUCGAAGAGAUCAAGAAUCCUAGCAGAAAUAUUCCAAUCAUCAUUGGCGCCUCGAUCUUGCUCACGACGACCAUAUAUGUUACCGUCAAUAUUGCAUAUUUUACGGUGAUGACUCCAGCAGAGUUUUUGCAGUCAUCAGCAGUCGCGGUCACUUUCGGAGAUCGAAUUUUUGGCUCGUUUUCGUGGAUUAUUCCCGCUGGAAUCGCGCUGUCAAGUUUUCAAUAA